UUACCGUACAACCCAAUUGUUGGAGAAUGCCUCUUCCCUACAUGUCUUCCUACGCUCCUUGAUCCCAUUUUGCCAAAAUCCUCCGAUCAAACUCAGAAAAAAGAAGGAAACUUGAGGGUCUACGCUCUUCAGGAAGUCAAUUGGCGUAUAUGGUUGUGUUGGUAGAGCUACAGCUUUCUCAAAUGAACUUUCCAGAAGAUUGCGGAUUUGUACCGCGAGGUCUUCCGGUGUGGAUGUGUGUUGGCUACUGCAAUCAAAUCUGAGCUGUAGUGUAAGCAGUUCUGUAAAAUCUUUGAGCCAAAAUGGAUAAAACUAAGUCAAAUACAUUCAAGGGAUUCAGAACAUUCUUGGUGGUGGGUUUCAUUGCUUUUCCCAUUUUAGUCAUAGUUACUCUAAUAAACCAACACUCAAUGUCUGAUCUCGUUGAGGAAGUUCCGAAAACUAACUUGCUGGGUGGAAGAGUCCAUAACAAUUCUGCGAAUAUCUUAAAGGAAGCUGAAGAUGUUAGUAUUACUGUAACCCCUCAAGCAAGGGGAGGAAAAGUCCAGAAUAUUACAGGAUCAGAGGUAGUUAACGACAAGAUGUUAGAACAAAAGGCUCACAAUGAUUCACCUGCGGCCUCUGAAGAAAUCAGCCUAAAAAAUAGAACCUCAGAUGCUGGUCAGAAGAAUCAGUUGAUUGCAAAUGUGAGUAAUGAUUCAUCUCUAUCUGAUACUGUUAACAAUGAUAAACUCCUCAAUGAACUUCUAGCUCCCACUUUUGAUGAAGGAUCAUGCCUGAGUAGAUAUCAGUCUUCCUUAUAUCAGAAAGCAUCUCCUCACAAACCCUCACCAUAUCUGAAAUUCAAGCUACGCAACUAUGAACAGCUUCAUAGAGGUUGUGGACCCCUUUCCAAAUUCUUUGAUAAAGUCAUGAAAAUGGGCAAAAAAUCUAGCAAAAAUAUUGCGGCUACAAAGUGUAAAUACCUUGUUUGGACAGCUGCCAAUGGCUUGGGGAAUAGGAUGAUAACCUUGGCUGCAGCAUUCCUUUAUGCUAUGCUCACAGAUCGAGUUCUACUUGUCAGAUUUGGGUCUGAUAUGGUUGGUCUUUAUUGUGAGCCAUUUCCUGAUUCAUCAUGGUUAUUGCCCCAGAAUUUUCCUCGUCGCAAAGAACAGAAACAUAUUGAAAGCUAUGAAAGCUUGUUAAACAAGACGCAUGGUUCAAAUGUGAUUUGGCCAUCAUUUCUAGUUCUCAAUCUACAACACACCCAUGAUGGUCAUAAUAAUUUUUUUCAUUGUGAUCAUAGCCAAAGUCUUCUCCAGAAAAUUCCUGUUCUGAUUUUGAAGUCAGAUCAAUAUUUUUCCCCUUCUCUUUUCAUGAUUCCAUCUUUUGGGCAAGAGCUAAGCAAAAUGUUCCCAGUAAAAGACACAGUUUUCCACCAUCUGGGACGCUACCUUUUUCACCCAUCGAAUGAGGUAUGGGAUGCUAUUAGCAGGUUCUACAAAGCCCACUUGGCCAAGGCAAAUGAGAAGAUUGGCCUCCAAGUAAGAAUAUAUAAUACUCAUCGAGCUCCACAUGAAACCAUCAUUGAUGAAAUAUUAGCCUGUGCCUUCAAGCAUAACCUGCUGCCUCAACUGGACCAUCGGAAGUCAGUAAUAUCUCCAUCGAAGAACAACACCUCAAAAGCUGUUCUAGUUGCAUCUUUAUACCCUGAAUAUGGUGAGAAGCUAAGGGCUUUGUAUUUGAGCAACACAACUGUGACUGGGGAAGUUGUAAGAGUUUAUCAACCAAGUCAUGAAGGGCAUCAAAAGUCGAAUGAUAAUGCACACAACAUCAAGGCAUGGACUGAAAUAUAUUUGCUGAGUUUGUGUGAUGCAUUGAUCACUAGCCCCAAGUCUACUUUUGGGUAUGUUGCUCAAAGUCUUGGAGGUUUGAAGCCAUGGAUUCUGCAGAGAGCAUAUCAUAAACAGAUCCCUGAUCCACCAUGUGUACAAGCUGUAUCCAUGGAACCUUGUUUGCACUAUCCACCUAAACAUGAUUGUAAAGCCAACAACAUAGUGAAAUUUACUUCCCUUUUUCCACAUAUUAUGCAUUGUGAAGAUGUAAGUAAUGGAUUAAAGCUGGUUGAUGAUCAUAUUCAUCAGUCGGUAACAAACUCUUGACAUGAGCACUGAAACAUUUGCUACAGUGCCCUCAAUGAGGGAGAUGUCCUGAAUAACAUUGCCAAUGCAGUUUCUUGGCUCUGGAGUUAAAGAUCAAAAGCCAAACAUUUGCUAAGAUGUGGAAAAAGGAAAUGCGGUUUCUUCUGAUACAAUGACUCUUUGACUAUGAAGGACAACUUGUUCAGAAAAUGGGAAGAGAUGUGGUCCUGGCUACUUUUGUAAGGCUAAGAGUUCAUCAUUGCAUCUUAAAAGUUAAAUUGGUUUGUUAUGGUAUAGUGGGAAGGUGUAGGUAAUCUCAACGAGACUGCUAAUUUUUUUAUAUAUUAAUGAGAAACACUAUCUAUUCAAACUAGAAUUUUUUUUUCCCCCCCGUGCAUCAUAUAUGGUGUUUUUAGAAUGUUGUAUUCAUGGUGAUGAAUUAUAUUGUAUAUAUAAAAUUAGUUGGAUUCA